AUGGAAGGACAAGAUUGGUCAGUACAUUUUCAUCCUAUGGCUGAGGUUUACUUGUUGUACGACACAACUUUGAAGGGCAAAGAUGGAGACCAAGAAAGAGAAUCAAUGGCUGUGGUUAUGACAACCAUUUUGCUUGCAAAUAUAGUCUUACUUGAGACAUUUCUCCCAUCUACGAAGGUCUUUAUUUGGCGUGCUGCACAAGGUAUUCUCCCAACUUAUGCUAAUCUUCUGUCCAGACAUAUUGGUAGCCAUUCAGACUGUCCUAUUUGUAAGUGCCCAGUUGAGUCUAUAUUGCAUGCUUUGUGGGAAUGUCCUGCUGCCAAAGAUGUAUUUUGUGCUAGCACUAAGAAACUACAGAAGAUGGAAGGGGAUUUUUCAGGUUCUUUCACCCAGUUCUGGGGAAUGUCCACAAUGGUGUUAUCCCAAAGAGAUCAGGCUAUCCUUGCUAUCACUAUGAGGUGUAUAUGGCACAGACGAAAUAAAUUCAUUCAUGAUAAUGUUUUUAUUCAUCCUACUCAAAUUGCACAACAAUGUAUUCUCACUGCUGAUGAGUUUGCUUCGGCCCAGUCAACUAUGGAUGAUAGUGCCCCGAGUUUGACAAGUGUGGUGGAUGGUGGCGAAGGAUGGAAAGGUCCUCCUAAUGAGUUUGUAAAGGCCAAUUGGGAUGCGGCUAUUGAUAAGAAGGGGAACUGUACUGGAAUAGGUGUUAUUUUUAGAGAUACGUAUGGUGACUUGUUGGCUUGUACGUAG